AUGUCGCAAUUGAAACCGUUCCCAUCGUAUGGGCAAGAAAGCGUCAACAGUGCCUCAGGCAUUGAACCUGUCAAAGACCAUAGAAGGAGGCGCUCCUCUAGUAUAAUAUCGCAUGUUGAACCAGAAUCGUUCGAGGACGAAAACGACCAGCAAAUGAUGACAAACAUGAAUGCCACUUGGGUCAACCAGCGUGGCGCAUGGAUCAUCCACAUUGUCAUCAUCGGGUUGUUGCGACUAUUCUUCAACUUGCUUCCAGGAGUCACCAACGAAUGGUCGUGGACUUUGACGAACAUUACAUAUGUUAUCGGAUCAUACAUCAUGUUCCAUUUGGUUAAAGGUACACCGUUCGAUUUCAACGGUGGCGUAUACGAUAACCUUACGAUGUGGGAACAGAUUGACGAUGGUGUCUUGUACACCCCUACAAGAAAGUUCUUGAUAACGGUUCCCAUUGGGUUGUUCCUUGUUUCCACACACUAUUGCCGCUACGACUUACACUUGUUUCUACUGAACUUUGUUUUAACGACUUUUGUAGCAGUAGUUCCUAAGCUACCUCUAACUCACAGGUUAAGAAUCAGUAUCCCAUGGAUCACAGGACCUGCACAGAUCAGUUAG